AUGUCGGGGAUUACUUGGGUGGAUUUGUACUUUAUGGAAGUCGUAGUUACUGGGACUCGGGCUAAUAGAAAGAUUGUAGAUGGUCUCUGCCCUUCUACUGCAGAUAAUCACAAGCAAUUUGACUCGAUGAAAUGUUCUGAGAGCCCAAGAAGUGACGUGCAAUAUUGUGUGAUAUUGCGACCUUGGGAAGUAUGGACAGUACGGAGAAGUACUCAAGAUGCCGUAUUCGUAUACGGGAACGCACUAUUCGUACGUCUUCCGAAUGAAAACUGGCAUGAGCAUUAA